AUGUUACCUGUGGAGACGCCGGUAUUGGCGCGACGCGCGACUGAUGCACCAUCCCUCUCCCAAACACCUCUCAACAUGUCGAUCAGACGGCAGGACUAUAUUCUGCGUGUCAAAUACCAUAAUCCUCUCCCUCCACCGCCGUUUCCUCCACGUCUCGUGGACAUUCCAAACCCUGUUCGACAGUAUGCAGAUCCCAGUUUUGUUUCGAACCUUGCACAAGAAAAAGCGAUUGAUUUUGGUCUGGAGCCUGAAAUGGGCAUGCCACUUGAUUUGAGCAGUGUAAUGGGUGCUUUUGAAGGUGAUUCGAGUGCCAUGCUGGCAAACCAGUCGGUUACGCGUCUGGACCCCAAAGAUCGAGUGUUAUUAAAAAUUGCAGGCGGUUCUGGAUCGUCUCAGAUUGAUGUGCCGUUCCUGCGUCGGACGGAGUAUAUUUCGUCCAUGAUUCCACGUUCUGCAUCCUCUAGUUCGGGCAGUUUACGGAAUGUCGCCCCGACUGGCAAGGCACUUGCAGAACACCGUGGCAGAGAACUUCGUGAUGUGGAUCGCCAGUUGAAGGCGAUUGAUGAGACGUUUGCUGCCGUACAGCAGCCUAUUGAGUCGCUGAAGCACCCUACGAAACCAAAUGUCCAUGCUGUGAACACGUGGAACCUGCUGCCAAAUGAGGAGCUCAUCGAGCAAUCGCUGCAGCACAUUCUUGUCCGUGUGGCAGAUGACCUGACGGAACGCUCUCACUCGGUGAAUGCAACACAGGCUACGCAAACCAGCAACCAAUUAUCGUCUCGUCACGAAGUGGCCCUUUUCAUGCCCUCGUCCUCGAACGGAGAAGAGUACUUGUCCUACUUCCUCCCGAACGAUGACACAGCCGAACGCAUGAAGCGUAAAAUUUACCAUCCCGAAGAAGCCGGUGCAGACGCUGACGAAGCUCCCUUCACAUUCACCCGGUCUCGCAACUUUGAUGCUUCCAUGCACGUCAACGCUUCUGGAUUCGAAGACGUGUGUAUUGUCUUCAACCGCAAUGCUACCGACGCCCUGUACAGCCCAUUGUUUGCCCGCAGUACUCUUAAAAGACGGCGUAUGCGUGGCCAGGAAGACGAGGAGGCGAUUGGAGCUAUUGAGCUGCGGCUUGCCAAUGUUGAGGACGAUCAAGCCGGUGAAAAAGAAACGGCCGAGGAGCCUGCGGGAGAACAACAGGCCUCUGAGGAAUCCACAAAGGACGUCAGUGCGACUGCAGACGCUGCAGUGGAAACCAAAACGACUGUCGCUUCUGCCACUACUGCUGCUACUUCGUCUGAGGGUUCUGCUGCCGCCAGUGCCGCUGCCACAGAGUCUAGUGCCGUUCCUGCUCCUGCUUCCCCCGACCUCGAGGGCGCCCUCGACGAUAUCCCCGAAGAAUAAACCAAAAAUGAUCCGUACGACAGCUGAGUCCCCAUCGAAGGCUGACAACUGCACGCCGACUCUUAACCACGGCGGAGCAGUAGGACACACUUCCCGCCCUCCAACAAGCUACACCAGAGCCUCCCGUUCUACCUUAUACACUACCUCCACACCACAUAACAACAACACACUUGACUUCGCCGUCCACAGAAUAUAAAUUUCUAACGGUAGGACUUUUGUUGGCGAGCACGAGCACCCUUACCACCGAACUUCUUGGGCUCCAUGCGACGGGGAUCAGCGACCAACAAAGUACGGUCGUAGGCAACGAGGGCCUUCUUGAUCUCAGCCUUGGAGUGUUCGUCGACGAACUUUUGGUAGUAGGCGACGAUGGCCUUGGCAAUAGCCUGACGGAUGGCAUAGAUUUGGGAGACGUGACCACCACCAGAGACGCGGACGCGGACGUCGACGUUGGCGAACUUGUCGGCACCAGCAACCAAGACGGGCUCGUAGACCUUCAUGCGAAGAAUCUCGGGCUGGACGAGGGAGAGAGGGGCACCGUUGACCUUGAUGAGGCCCUUACCGGCCUUGCAGUGGGCCACAGCGGUGGCGUUGCACUUCUUGCCAAAGCACUGAACAGACGGCAUGAUGAUGGAUGGCUCGUGGAUGGUUGUGUGCAGGCGUUUGUUUCGAUGAAAAGCCGAGAAAAA